AAGAAGAAAAAAACCUCCCAGUCCUGUAACUCCUGCAGCUCCAGCGAGGCAGCCUGGAUUUGCAGUCAGGGGACACUCAUCAUCCUCCUCCUCCUCCUCAUCAGCAGAGCAGCUCUCUCUCUCUUUCUCUCUGUCCCUCGCUCAGACACCCCCACAUUUACUCUUUUUCUCUCUCUCCCUGUCCGUCUCUCUAAACACGAACAUCUCUUUUCUUUUCUAUUCUUGACACAAUCAUGUCCGCAAACGGCGUCGACGGGGACUUGCUGCAGAUCCCUCUGGGGCUCAUCAACAGCGAGGGGAAGUAUCUGACGGCGGAGACCUUCGGCUUCAAAAUCAACGCCUCGGCCAGCAGCCUGAAGAAGAAGCAAACCUGGACCCUGGAGCAGACCGGAGAGGACGGCAGCGCCGUGUUCCUCCGCUCCCACCUGGGCCGCUACCUCGCCACGGACAAAGACGGCAACGUUACCGCGGACAGCGAGACGCGCGGCGGACGGGACUGCCGCUUCGUCAUCACCGCGCACGAAGACGGGCGGUGGUCUCUGCAGUCCGAGCCCUAUGGCCGGUUCCUCGGCGGCAGCGAGGACCGGAUCACCUGCUUUGCGCAAACUGCCACACCGGCAGAGAGAUGGAGCGUGCACCUGGCUGUGCACCCGCAAGUUAACCUGUACAGUUUUACGCGCAAACGCUUCGCCCACCUGAGCGCGCACGGGGAGCGGCAGGAGGUGUCAAUAGACCGGGAUGUCCCUUGGGGGGUGGAUUCGCUUGUGACACUGGUCUACCGUGACCAGCGCUACCACCUCGAGACUUCUGACAACCGCUUCCUCCGAAAUGAUGGCAGCCUGUCCACAAAAACGGACAAGGACACCGGUUACAUGCUGGAGUUCCGCUCUGGAAAAGUGGCAUUCUGCGACUGCAACGGCCGCUACCUGGCGCCCACGGGCCCAACCGGCACAAUGAGAUCUGGGAAAAGCGCCCGGGUUGGGAAGGAUGAACUGUUUGGCCUGGAGCGCAGCCACGCGCAGGUCGUGCUGACUGCAGGCAACGAGAGAAACGUCUCCACGAGGCAAGGCAUAGAUCUGUCAGCCAAUCAGGACGAGGAAGGAGACCAGGAAGUCUUUCAGUUGGAGAUGAGCCGUGAAGACAGGAAGUGUGCCUUCAGAACCGCUGCCGGAAAAUACUGGACUCUGACAGCAUCUGGGGGACUGCAGUGCACUGCCUCCACCAAGUCGGCCGACAGUUACUUUGAACUUGAGUGGCGUGACGGCCGUGUGUGUGUGCGUGCGGCUAACAACAAAUAUGUGAUUGCCAAGAGGAACGGGCAGCUAGCUGCUACUGUUGACAGCGCAGGGGAGGCUGAACAGUUCCUGAUGAAGCUGAUCAACCGUCCGAUCAUAGUCCUUCGUGGGGAGCACGGUUUCAUCGGGGCUCGUAAAGCAGGAAUGGCUACCCUCGACUCCAACCGAGCAUCAUACGACGUUUUCCAGCUGGAGUUUCACAACGGAGCUUACUCACUUAAAGACUCCCAGGGGAAGUAUUGGUGUGUUGGAGACGACACAGCGGUGGGGUGCAGCAGCUCCACACCUGUCCAGUUCCAGUUUGAGUUCUGUGACCUCAACAAGAUGGCCAUCCGUGCUCUCGGGGGGAAGUACCUUAAAGGGGACCAUGCUGGAGGGCUAAAGGCCAGCGUCGACUCCCUGGACAGCGCCACCCGCUGGGAAUACUGAGAAAGCAGAGCCGGACUUCUCCACUAUCUGACACAAUGCUUCAAACUAUUGAUAGUUAGUGCGUGUGUGUGUGUGUGUGUGUGUGUGUGUGUGUGUGUGUGUGUGUGGGAUGUGAAACUGGAAACUGAUAAACUGGAAGUCAUGGCACCAAAGCACUACAGGUGUUUUUUUAUUUUGUAUUUUCUUUCACAACCAUUAUCUCUUCCUACUGGGCUUUUUAACUGGAUGUACUGAUGACUUGUUGUGUAAUGAAUGAAUCAUAGGUUAACUGUUUCACUUCCCAUCAAAUCUACAAAACCUGUACCUGAUGAAUGUCAGGACAUUUAUUAUCUCUAGUUGUGCCUAACUGUGGUAACUACUAAACACACAUAUUGAAUGCUAUAACUUACAAUAUCUAACCUUCUCCUGUUUAAUGUCCUGCUUGCUCUAUUGCGCUGCUUUCAUUUCCUGCUCUCUUUCAAACUAUUAAGCACAACACACAUCAGAUAUAGGGAUGUUACUGAUUUACAUGUUUCUGCUGUAAAUAAGGCUUUCAUUGUCACUGACUGCUUCAGAAACAUAGUAACCAUGGAGACUUACAAUGCAAAAGUGUGUUGAGGGUGAUAAGAAAGAAAUAACAUGUUCUUCUUCUAUGUGCUACUUGCUGCACCUUUUCCUUUCUCAAUCUUAGAUAUGAAGGCAGACACAAUCUGUAUAUGAACAGAUGUAUCUCAGAAGUCAAAGGUUUCUCUUAAAGUCUGUAAUCCAUUCCUCUGAUUAGUAGUGUAAGCUUUUCAAUUAUACUUCAGAAGGAGCUUUUGAGAACGAGUGAAAGGGGAGACUGUGGGUAAAUUACUAAGCAUUUAAAAUGCACAUAUACAAAUAUGCAGUCAUAGAUACAUUUAUUCCAACUAUGACUCAAAAUCUGCACAUUAAGGUCCAACUGCAAGAAGUGAAAAGCACAUGUUUGUUGCAGUGAAAUGUCUUAAAUUGGGUGCUACUGCGCUGCUGUGUGAACAUAAUGAAAGAGUCUCUCUGGCUAUUAUUGUGUCUGUGCCUUCCAUAGAGCAUUUCAGUCUUUUCUUUUUCAUCUUCUUACAUUUGAACUAAAGUUUAAACCCCAAUAAAAUCUUCCCUCUUAACAGUG